GUCUUUGAUGACAUCAGUAACACUGGCUGUGUUGUAGUGGAUCAGUGUCCAUGUCUGCACAACAACAAGGUCUUCAAGUCAGGACAGUCCUACUCUUACAGCUGUAGAUCCUGUGUGUGUGAGAGUGGCCAGUGGAACUGUAUGGAGGAGAACUGUCCAGGAAGCUGCUCUGUGGAGGGAGGGGCUCACAUCAACACCUUCGAUGGAAAAGUCUUCACCUUCCAUGGGGACUGCUCAUACAUCCUGGCUAAGCAAAGUGACGGCUUCUUAUAUACUGUGCUGGCGGACCUGGUCAAGUGUGGCCUGGCUGACAGUAGGACCUGCCUCAGAGCUGUAACUCUGAGUUUAUACAGCAAUUCUGUGGUUAUUAAAAUUCAGGCAUCCGGGCAGGUCUAUGUGAACCAGAUUCUUUCUCAGCUUCCGCUGUUUACACCGGAGGUGAGUGCCUUCAGGCCAUCCUCCUUCUACAUCGUCAUCAGCAUCAAGCUGGGCAUUCAAGUGAUGGUCCAGCUGUCCCCCGUGAUGCAGGUCUUCAUCUCAGCUCACACUUCACUCAAAGGAACCACCUCUGGUUUGUGUGGGAACUUCAACGACGUAAUGAGUGAUGACUUCAGGGUGAUUAGUGGGCUGGUGGAGGGCACCUCUGUAGCGUUUGCCAACACGUGGAAAACUAGAGCCAGCUGUCCAGACAUCACAACACGCUUUGGACACCCCUGUCGCGAAAGUAUCAGCAAGGAGAGUUAUGCCACAUACUGGUGCUCCAAACUGGCAGAUCCCAGCGACGUGUUUGCUCCUUGCCAUUCUGUCAUUAGCCCCAAGAUAUACAAAGAUAACUGCAUGUAUGACAGCUGUAACUGUGAGAAAAGUGAGGACUGCAUGUGUGCCGCAGUCUCCUCAUAUGUCUAUGCCUGUUCAGCGGCAGGAAUCCGCAUCAGUGACUGGAGGGCAACCGUCUGUGGCAAAUUCAGUACAUCAUGUCCAGCAGGAACAGUGUACGGCUACAACAUGACCUCCUGCAGACGUACCUGCCGUUCCCUCAGCCAGGCUGACUACUCCUGUCAGACCAGCUUCACCGCAGUGGACGGCUGCGGCUGUGCCGAGGGAACCUACAUGAACGAGGAGGGGCAGUGCGUGCCCAGCGCAGGCUGUCCCUGCUACGAUAAAGACACCAUUAUUCCUGCCGGACAGGUUGUCAGUGAAGACGGCUCCACAUGUAUCUGCAGACAAGGAGCUCUCAGAUGCUCUGGAGGGACAUGGCUAUCAACGUCAACAUCAUGCCGUGCCCCCAUGGUUUACUUUGACUGCUCCGCUGUUCCACCUGGGACCACUGGGACUGAGUGUCAUAAGAGCUGCGUCACUCUGGACAUGGCUUGUAUCAGUACAGGCUGUACGUCAGGCUGCACAUGCCCUGAUGGCCUGGUGUCAGAUGGAGUAGGAGGCUGUAUCAGUGAGACCAACUGUCCAUGUCUGCACAAUGGAAAGGUCUAUCAGCCCGGGCAGACACUGACUGUGGACUGCAACACCUGCUACUGCAGUAAAAGAAAGUUCACAUGUACCACCAAUGUGUGUGAUGCAGUUUGUGGGAUCUAUGGCGACGGUCACUACAUCACAUUUGAUGAUAAGAGGUUUGACUUCAGCGGAGAGUGUGAAUACACACUCGUACAGGACUACUGUGGCACCAAUUCGGGCAAUGGAAACUUCAGAAUUGUCACUGAGAAUGUUCCCUGUGGAACCACAGGAACCACCUGCUCCAAGACCAUCAAGAUCUUCCUGGGGGAUAAUGAAUUCCAAUUUAAAGAUGACAACUUCCAGGUGGUAAAGGGCAGCAGCCAGGUGUUCCCCGCUCAGGUACACAAGAUGGGUAUUUACCUGGUGGUGACGAUCAAGGUGGGACUUGUGCUCAUGUGGGACCAGAAGACCAGUCUUUUCAUUAAACUCGGACCACAGUACCAGGGUCAAGUAUGUGGUCUGUGUGGAAACUACGACGGCAACAGUAGGAAUGACUUCACCACGCGCUCCCAGGAGACGGUGGCAGACGUACUGGAAUUUGGAAACAGUUGGAAAGUGUCAUCCGGCUGCCCAAAUGCCCAAAUACUCACUGAUCCUUGUGCCUCUAACCGCUACCGGGAAGCCUGGGCCCAGAAACAGUGUAGCAUCAUCACCAGUGUUACCUUCCAGGGCUGUCAUUCACAGGUUGACCCAGGUCCAUACUAUGAUUCUUGUGUGAGAGACUCUUGUGCAUGUGACAGCGGUGGGGACUGCGAGUGUCUCUGCACUGCUGUGGCUACCUAUGCCAAAAUCUGUAAUGAAGCUGGGGCCUGCGUUAAAUGGAGAAAACCAAAGCUGUGCCCUAUUUUUUGCGACUAUUAUAACUCCCCUGGUGAGUGUGAGUGGCACUAUAAGCCUUGUGGAGCUGACUGCAUGAAGACAUGUAGGAAUCCAUCAGGAAACUGUUCCAACCUCAUCACUGCCCUGGAAGGCUGCUAUCCACAGUGUCCCCCAUCCCAGCCCUACUUUGAUGAAGACGACAUGAAAUGUGUCACCAGGGAACAAUGUGGCUGCUAUGAUGACAAAGGCACCCAUUUCAGCAUCGGAGACGAGGUUCCAUCGAAGGACUGUUACACUUGCUCAUGUACAGACUCUGGAAUAAGGUGCAGCUACAAUGUAACCUCUUGUACAUGCUUUCUUAAUGGAAAAACCUACGAGUAUGGAGCAACCAUCUACAACACCACGGAUGGGCUAGGGCACUGCAUCACAGCUGAGUGUAGGGCCAAUGGGACCGUAACCAGAAGCAUGUACCCGUGCUUAACUACCACCACAGCUGGCCCUAAAACUACUCCCUUUGCAUUCACCACAAAUGAAACGACAACAUCAGCUGUAGUUGAAACUACAACCUCAGUGCCAGGUGUAACUACAACAGGCCCUGAAACAACAGUUGUAACAUCGAAGCCUUCUGUUGGUACCACAACCACUGAAGUGCCGUCAGUAACAACUAAGGGAACCACAGCCAAACCGACAGAAACCACAACAUCGGAGGAAACAACGUGCCAGUCAGUAACAACAAGGGGAACCACAGCCACACCUGCAGAAACAACAUCAGAAAAAACAACAGUAAGCAUUGCGACAACAAAACCACCUAAAGAAGUCACCACUGGCCAAGUAACAACCUCUACCACAGCUGUUGUUGAAACAACGACUUCAGUGCCAGGCGUCACAACAACAAGCCCUGAAACAACAGUUGUAACAUCAAAGCCCUCUGUUGGUACCACAACCACUGAAGUACCAUCAGUAACAACUGAGGGAACCACAGCCAAACCUUCAGAAACCACAACAUCAGAGGAAACAACGGUGAGUGUUGGGACAACAGCCCCACCUAAAGUCACCACUGGCCCAGUUACUUCUUCUACCUCAGCUGUAGUUGAAACUACAACCUCAGUGCCAGGUGUCACAACAACAGGCCCUGAAACAACAGUUGUAACAUCAAAGCCCUCUGUUGGUACCACAACCACUGAAGUACCGUCAGUAACAACAAGUGGAACCACAGCCACACCUGCAGAAACAACAUCAGAAAAAACAACAGUAAGCAUUGCGACAACAAAACCACCUAAAGAAGUCACCACUGGCCAAGUAACAACCUCUACCACAGCUGUUGUUGAAACAACGACUUCAGUGCCAGGCGUCACAACAACAAGCCCUGAAACAACAGUUGUAACAUCAAAGCCCUCUGUUGGUACCACAACCACUAAAGUACCAUCAGUAACAACUGAGGGAACCACAGCCAAACCUUCAGAAACCACAACAUCAGAGGAAACAACGGUGAGUGUUGGGACAACAGCCCCACCUAAAGUCACCACUGGCCCAGUUACUUCUUCUACCACAGCUGUAGUUGAAACUACAACCUCAGUGCCAGGUGUCACAACAACAAGCCCUGAAACAACAGUUGUAACAUCAAAGCCUUCUGUUGGUACCUCAUCCACUGAAGUGCCGUCAGUAACAACAAGGGGAACCACAGCCACACCUGCAGAAACAACAUCAGAAAAAACAACAGUAAGCAUUGCGACAACAAAACCACCUAAAGAAGUCACCACUGGCCAAGUAACAACCUCUACCACAGCUGUUGUUGAAACAACGACUUCAGUGCCAGGCGUCACAACAACAAGCCCUGAAACAACAGUUGUAACAUCAAAGCCCUCUGUUGGUACCACAACCACUAAAGUACCAUCAGUAACAACUGAGGGAACCACAGCCAAACCUUCAGAAACCACAACAUCAGAGGAAACAACGGUGAGUGUUGGGACAACAGCCCCACCUAAAGUCACCACUGGCCCAGUUACUUCUUCUACCACAGCUGUAGUUGAAACUACAACCUCAGUGCCAGGUGUCACAACAACAGGCCCUGAAACAACAGUUGUAACAUCAAAGCCCUCUGUUGGUACCACAACCACUGAAGUACCGUCAGUAACAACAAGUGGAACCACAGCCACACCUGCAGAAACAACAUCAGAAAAAACAACAGUAAGCAUUGCGACAACAAAACCACCUAAAGAAGUCACCACUGGCCAAGUAACAACCUCUACCACAGCUGUUGUUGAAACAACGACUUCAGUGCCAGGCGUCACAACAACAAGCCCUGAAACAACAGUUGUAACAUCAAAGCCCUCUGUUGGUACCACAACCACUGAAGUACCAUCAGUAACAACUGAGGGAACCACAGCCAAACCUUCAGAAACCACAACAUCAGAGGAAACAACGGUGAGUGUUGGGACAACAGCCCCACCUAAAGUCACCACUGGCCCAGUUACUUCUUCUACCACAGCUGUAGUUGAAACUACAACCUCAGUGCCAGGUGUCACAACAAUAAGCCCUGAAACAACAGUUGUAACAUCAAAGCCUUCUGUUGGUACCUCAUCCACUGAAGUGCCGUCAGUAACAACAAGGGGAACCACAGCCACACCUGCAGAAACAACAUCAGAAAAAACAACAGUAAGCAUUGCGACAACAAAACCACCUAAAGAAGUCACCACUGGCCAAGUAACAACCUCUACCACAGCUGUUGUUGAAACAACGACUUCAGUGCCAGGCGUCACAACAACAAGCCCUGAAACAACAGUUGUAACAUCAAAGCCCUCUGUUGGUACCACAACCACUAAAGCACCAUCAGUAACAACUGAGGGAACCACAGCCAAACCUUCAGAAACCACAACAUCAGAGGAAACAACGGUGAGUGUUGGGACAACAGCCCCACCUAAAGUCACCACUGGCCCAGUUACUUCUUCUACCACAGCUGUAGUUGAAACUACAACCUCAGUGCCAGGUGUCACAACAACAGGCCCUGAAACAACAGUUGUAACAUCAAAGCCCUCUGUUGGUACCACAACCACUGAAGUACCGUCAGUAACAACAAGUGGAACCACAGCCACACCUGCAGAAACAACAUCAGAAAAAACAACAGUUAGCAUUGCGACAACAAAACCACCUAAAGAAGUCACCACUGGCCAAGUAACAACCUCUACCACAGCUGUUGUUGAAACAACGACUUCAGUGCCAGGCGUCACAACAACAAGCCCUGAAACAACAGUUGUAACAUCAAAGCCCUCUAUUGGUACCACAACCACUGAAGUACCAUCAGUAACAACUGAGGGAACCACAGCCAAACCUUCAGAAACCACAACAUCAGAGGAAACAACGGUGAGUGUUGGGACAACAGCCCCACCUAAAGUCACCACUGGCCCAGUUACUUCUUCUACCACAGCUGUAGUUGAAACUACAACCUCAGUGCCAGGUGUCACAACAACAGGCCCUGAAACAACAGUUGUAACAUCAAAGCCCUCUGUUGGUACCACAACCACUGAAGUACCGUCAGUAACAACAAGUGGAACCACAGCCACACCUGCAGAAACAACAUCAGAAAAAACAACAGUUAGCAUUGCGACAACAAAACCACCUAAAGAAGUCACCACUGGCCAAGUAACAACCUCUACCACAGCUGUUGUUGAAACAACGACUUCAGUGCCAGGCGUCACAACAACAAGCCCUGAAACAACAGUUGUAACAUCAAAGCCCUCUGUUGGUACCACAACCACUGAAGUACCAUCAGUAACAACUGAGGGAACCACAGCCAAACCUUCAGAAACCACAACAUCAGAGGAAACAACGGUGAGUGUUGGGACAACAGCCCCACCUAAAGUCACCACUGGCCCAGUUACUUCUUCUACCACAGCUGUAGUUGAAACUACAACCUCAGUGCCAGGUGUCACAACAACAAGCCCUGAAACAACAGUUGUAACAUCAAAGCCUUCUGUUGGUACCUCAUCCACUGAAGUGCCGUCAGUAACAACAAAGGGAACCACAGCCACACCUGCAGAAACAACAUCAGAAAAAACAACAGUAAGCAUUGCGACAACAACACCACCUAAAGAAGUCACCACUGGCCAAGUAACAACCUCUACCACAGCUGUUGUUGAAACAACGACUUCAGUGCCAGGUGUCACAACAACAAGCCCUGAAACAACAGUUGUAACAUCAAAGCCCUCUGUUGGUACCACAACCACUAAAGUACCAUCAGUAACAACUGAGGGAACCACAGCCAAACCUUCAGAAACCACAACAUCAGAGGAAACAACGGUGAGUGUUGGGACAACAGCCCCACCUAAAGUCACCACUGGCCCAGUUACUUCUUCUACCACAGCUGUAGUUGAAACUACAACCUCAGUGCCAGGUGUCACAACAACAAGCCCUGAAACAACAGUUGUAACAUCAAAGCCUUCUGUUGGUACCUCAUCCACUGAAGUGCCGUCAGUAACAACAAAGGGAACCACAGCCACACCUGCAGAAACAACAUCAGAAAAAACAACAGUAAGCAUUGCGACAACAAAACCACCUAAAGAAGUCACCACUGGCCAAGUAACAACCUCUACCACAGCUGUUGUUGAAACAACGACUUCAGUGCCAGGCGUCACAACAACAAGCCCUGAAACAACAGUUGUAACAUCAAAGCCCUCUGUUGGUACCACAACCACUAAAGUACCAUCAGUAACAACUGAGGGAACCACAGCCAAACCUUCAGAAACCACAACAUCAGAGGAAACAACGGUGAGUGUUGGGACAACAGCCCCACCUAAAGUCACCACUGGCCCAGUUACUUCUUCUACCACAGCUGUAGUUGAAACUACAACCUCAGUGCCAGGUGUCACAACAACAAGCCCCGAAACAACAGUUGUAACAUCAAAGCCUUCUGUUGGUACCUCAUCCACUGAAGUGCCGUCAGUAACAACAAGGGGAACCACAGCCACACCUGCAGAAACAACAUCAGAAAAAACAACAGUAAGCAUUGCGACAACAAAACCACCUAAAGAAGUCACCACUGGCCAAGUAACAACCUCUACCACAGCUGUUGUUGAAACAACGACUUCAGUGCCAGGCGUCACAACAACAAGCCCUGAAACAACAGUUGUAACAUCAAAGCCCUCUGUUGGUACCACAAUCACUGAAGUACCAUCAGUAACAACUGAGGGAACCACAGCCAAACCUUCAGAAACCACAACAUCAGAGGAAACAACGGUGAGUGUUGGGACAACAGCCCCACCUAAAGUCACCACUGGCCCAGUUACUUCUUCUACCUCAGCUGUAGUUGAAACUACAACCUCAGUGCCAGGUGUCACAACAACAGGCCCUGAAACAACAGUUGUAACAUCAAAGCCCUCUGUUGGUACCACAACCACUGAAGUACCGUCAGUAACAACAAGUGGAACCACAGCCACACCUGCAGAAACAACAUCAGAAAAAACAACAGUAAGCAUUGCGACAACAAAACCACCUAAAGAAGUCACCACUGGCCAAGUAACAACCUCUACCACAGCUGUUGUUGAAACAACGACUUCAGUGCCAGGCGUCACAACAACAAGCCCUGAAACAACAGUUGUAACAUCAAAGCCCUCUGUUGGUACCACAACCACUGAAGUACCAUCAGUAACAACUGAGGGAACCACAGCCAAACCUUCAGAAACCACAACAUCAGAGGAAACAACAGUGAGUGUUGGGACAACAGCCCCACCUAAAGUCACCACUGGCCCAGUUACUUCUUCUACCUCAGCUGUAGUUGAAACUACAACCUCAGUGCCAGGUGUCACAACAACAGGCCCUGAAACAACAGUUGUAACAUCAAAGCCCUCUGUUGGUACCACAACCACUGAAGUACCGUCAGUAACAACAAGUGGAACCACAGCCACACCUGCAGAAACAACAUCAGAAAAAACAACAGUUAGCAUUGCGACAACAAAACCACCUAAAGAAGUCACCACUGGCCAAGUAACAACCUCUACCACAGCUGUUGUUGAAACAGCGACUUCAGUGCCAGGCGUCACAACAACAAGCCCUGAAACAACAGUUGUAACAUCAAAGCCCUCUGUUGGUACCACAACCACUGAAGUACCAUCAGUAACAACUGAGGGAACCACAGCCAAACCUUCAGAAACCACAACAUCAGAGGAAACAACGGUGAAUGUUGGGACAACAGCCCCACCUAAAGUCACCACUGGCCCAGUUACUUCUUCUACCACAGCUGUAGUUGAAACUACAACCUCAGUGCCAGGUGUCACAACAACAAGCCCUGAAACAACAGUUGUAACAUCAAAGCCUUCUGUUGGUACCUCAUCCACUGAAGUGCCGUCAGUAACAACAAGGGGAACCACAGCCACACCUGCAGAAACAACAUCAGAAAAAACAACAGUAAGCAUUGCGACAACAAAACCACCUAAAGAAGUCACCACUGGCCAAGUAACAACCUCUACCACAGCUGUUGUUGAAACAACGACUUCAGUGCCAGGCGUCACAACAACAAGCCCUGAAACAACAGUUGUAACAUCGAAGCCCUCUGUUGGUACCACAACCACUGAAGUACCAUCAGUAACAACUGAGGGAACCACAGCCAAACCUUCAGAAACCACAACAUCAGAGGAAACAACGGUGAGUGUUGGGACAACAGCCCCACCUAAAGUCACCACUGGCCCAGUUACUUCUUCUACCUCAGCUGUAGUUGAAACUACAACCUCAGUGCCAGGUGUCACAACAACAGGCCCUGAAACAACAGUUGUAACAUCAAAGCCCUCUGUUGGUACCACAACCACUGAAGUACCGUCAGUAACAACAAGUGGAACCACAGCCACACCUGCAGAAACAACAUCAGAAAAAACAACAGUAAGCAUUGCGACAACAAAACCACCUAAAGAAGUCACCACUGGCCAAGUAACAACCUCUACCACAGCUGUUGUUGAAACAACGACUUCAGUGCCAGGCGUCACAACAACAAGCCCUGAAACAACAGUUGUAACAUCAAAGCCUUCUGUUGGUACCACAACCACUGAAGUGCCGCCAGUAACAACAAGGGGACCCACAGCCACACCUGCAGAAACAACAUCAGAAGAAUCAACAGUAAGCAUUGCGACAACAAAACCACCUAAAGAAGUCACCACUAUCCAAGUAACAACCUCUACCACAGCUGUUGUUGAAACAACGACUUCAGUGCCAGGAGUCACAACAACAAGCCCUGAAACAACAGUUGUAACAUCAAAGCCCUCUGUUGGUACCACAACCACUGAAGUACCAUCAGUAACAACUGAGGGAACCACAGCCAAACCUUCAGAAACCACAACAUCAGAGGAAACAACGGUGAGUGUUGGGACAACAGCCCCACCUAAAGUCACCACUGGCCCAGUUACUUCUUCUACCACAGCUGUGGCUGAAACUACAACCUCAGUGCCAGGUUUCACAACAACAGGCCCUGAAACAACAGUUGUAACAUCGAAGCCUUCUGUUGGUACCACAACAACAGAAUUGCCAUCAGUAACAACAAGGGGAACCACAGCCACACCUGCAGAAACAACAACAUCUGAAAAGACGACAGUAAAGAUCGCAACAACAAAACCACCAAAAGAAGUCACCACUGGCCCAGUAACUACCUCUACCACAGCUGUUGUUGAAAUUACAACUUCGGUUUUAGGCCCUGAGACAACAGUUAUUGUUGUCACAGGAAAUACACAAACAUCAGCUGUAUAUACACAACCUUCAUUUUUGAACACAACAACUAUUGUGGCAUCAACUCUAACUACAGGAGCAACACCUAAAGCUACAACUUCCAUUGGCCCAAUAACACAGACACUUCCAGGCAGCACAACUGUUUACACUACUGGACCAGCCAGAACCACAGUUGCUUCUACACCAUCACUGCUUACUGCAACUACAACAUUAUGUGUCUGCAUUGUCAAUGGAACUUCACAUCGUCCUGGGGACUUGGUGUACAAUGUCACUGAUGGCUUAGGGUGGUGUUACAUUGCAUAUUGCAAUGCAUCUUGUAAAGUUGAGAAGCAGAACAGUCCAUGUCCUACAACACCGACACCCAGCACAACCGCACACUCUACCACUGCAGUGUUUAGCACCACUACAAAGACCAUAAUUUCUUCCACUACAAAUAUUCCUACCUCUACUUCCAUUCCAUCUACAACUACCAAAGACUGCAAUGAUGUGAAUCCACCAAGAAAGAAUGGAGAGUCCUGGAAGGUCAGCAACUGUACCACAGCUAUCUGCACCAAUGGCAAUAUCACAGAGACACCUACUCCCUGUCCCACUGUACAACAACGCAUCUGUGCCAACGGACGCAAAGCUGUCAAAGUCUAUGAUGAUGACGGAUGCUGCUUCCACUACGAAUGUGAAUGUGUGUGCACUGGCUGGGCUGGAUCCCACUACAUGACAUUCGAUGGAAAAUCAUACAGUUUCAAGGAGAACUGCUCUUACUAUCUGGUCAAAGAGAUUAUUACUAAAUAUAACCUGACUAUAAUAGUAAAUAACGGUGCCUGUGCGCCUUCAGACAGCACAUUCUGUCCCCAGGCUCUCAUUGUUACAUACCAAUCCUACACUAUAGUUUUGACUCAGUUGAAGACUUCAGGAACAGCAGCUAAUGUGGUCUAUGUGAAUCAGAAACGUAUCUUUCCCGCCUACCAAAAUUCUGUCCUACGCAUCACUGGCACAGAUAUGGUGAUCACAUUGGAGAUACCGGAAAUCGACACAAAAGUGGUCUACAGGGGCUCCUCAUUCAGCAUUGAUGUUCCUUAUUCCCUCUUUGGUGGGAACACUGAGGGACAGUGUGGGACCUGUGACAACUCCCAGACCAACGACUGUCGUUCUCCAAACGGCCAGGUGGAAAGCUGCUCAGACUCUGCCGGCCAGUGGCAUGUCCCAGGUACACCCUGUGUCAGCCCCACAACCCCACCGACUACUAUAACCACCUCAAAACCAACACACUCAACAACAAAGCCCGCUUGCAAACCUGCCAUUUGUGAUCUCCUAACCAGCAGUGUUUUUGCACCGUGCCACACAGUCAUACCCCCAGGACCAUUUGUGACAUCCUGUGCGUCUGACAUUUGCAACAGUGGCAAUGCCACAGGCUGCUCCAGCCUGGAGGCCUAUGCCACUCAGUGCUCUAAUGCAGGAGUCUGUAUCGACUGGAGGAAUGAAACCAAUGGGCAGUGUGAGCACAAGUGUCCAAGUAACAAGGUGUACAUGGCCUGUGGCGCCAGUGUAGAGCCCACAUGCAACGGCAGAUAUAACGAAAAGUUCCAGGCAGAUAGCGAUGCAUCCACGAGCAACACAAAGGAGGGUUGCUUCUGUCCUCCUGGCACCGUCUUAUUCAACACAGUCUAUGACACGUGUGUUACCUCCUGCGAUUGUGUUGGACCUGAUGGAAAACCCAAACAGCCAGGUGACAUGUGGACAAGCGACUGCAACACUUGUACGUGUGACAACGAUUCCAUGAGCAUCCAGUGUGAGCCUGUUCAGUGCCCAUCGGUGAAGAGCCCCGACUGCAGCGGACCCGGCCAGCAGCUGGUCAACAAGACGGACGGCUGCUGCACAAUACAGUCAUGCGAGUGCAAUGUAAAUCUGUGUCCCCGUCCUAUCACCUGCCCGCUGGGCUUCGAACUCAGCGUCGCCAACGGCACCUGUUGCGAAUCCUACGAAUGCCUUCCUAAAGGUGUAUGUGUCUAUAACGAGACUGAGUACACGCCUGGAACCAUGAUACCCACAUCAGAAACGCCAUCAGAACCACCAUUAGAAGCGCCAUCAACACCAGGGCAACCAUCAGGACCAACCACAGCACCAGCAGGAGCAGGAGGAGCAACAACAGAGGGGUCUUUUAAACCGGAGCCCUGCCAUGAGUGUUACUGUGGCCCCAGACUGGAUCCCAUCACCAAGCUGCACAUCAUUAUUUGCAAUCCUAUUGUCUGCAACAAAAACUGCUCCAUAGGUUAUGAAUAUCAGACUGUACCUGACAAGUGCUGCGGGAAGUGUGUUCAGGAGAGCUGUAUUUUCACCACACCUGACAACAUAACCCAUAUCAUUGAGGUCAACAACACCUUUGUAGACCCUAAUGACAAGUGUGUGCAAUAUACCUGUGAGAGGAUCAAUGAACAGCUUGUUACCAAGGAGACCAAGACCACUUGUCCUUCCUAUAACUCCUCGGACUGUGAACCUGGCACCGAGACAACUGAUGCUAACGGAUGCUGCAAAACUUGCAAGCUGCAGAGCGUCUGUGAGGUCGAGAGUAAGCAGACGGUCAUUGAUGUGAACGACUGUAAGAGCACGGUCAACUUGACGUCCUGCGCUGGACACUGUGGAAGCUCGUCCAUAUAUUCUGCAGCAGCUAACACGUUGGUGCACCAGUGUGACUGUUGCCAAGAGGGCACCACCAGUCAGAAGCAGGUGGAGCUGACCUGCCCCGACGGCUCCAAGGUCCAGCACAGCUACAUCGUGGCGGAGACGUGCCGCUGCACCAAAGGAGAUUGUGGGGCGGGGACAACGCCCAGACCACAGCGCCGCAGGAGACGCUGAUCAAUUACUUGUUGAACUAAAACCUUACAAACACUGUGCAAGACUUAACUUUCUUAUUCUUGUCAGGUUUUAUUAUUUAUAGCUUUUUCAGUGUCACAACAUAAUAAUGUGAUGUAAACUCUCUUCAUUUUAGGAUUUCUUGGAUGAUAAUUAUUAAAAUGCUAUUUCUGCAAUAUGAA